GCCACUUGAUCUCUUGUAGAUAUUCGACCAAGUCUGUUUCAAGUAAUUAAUGGGGACUCUCCGGCCAUCAGAAAGAUUCUCCACGAGGAAGAAGACCCUGAGGGCGAGUUUGUAAACGUCCGACGCAUCUUUCAAGUCAACGAUGCAUUGUUUCGCUUGUUGUACACCAAAGCUGGUCCAGACGUCAAGUACGCGUUGACAUUGGACGAGCUAUGGCGCACCAUGAAGCGCCUACGCGUGAUGACGCAGUUGGUACCCACUCCGCGCGACGAUGAGAGUGCCGAUACUCAAGAGAUUUCGGUCGUGGACUUUGCUGAUAUCUUGCUCCGAAUCUGCAACGAGCAAUUUGGAGAGCUUGGGCGCCUCGGACAGCGCGUAGAUCGGUUUGUCGUAGAGCAUUUGUGCUUCUUGCAACAAGCUAAGUCAGCCCUACGGGAAGAGGCGCAAAGCGCUGCGAUGAAAUCGGUGCUGAGUGAAUUCAAGGAGCAGCUGGCCGGGAUAUUCAAACGAUACGCUGUCAAACCCAAGUCCAAGGAAAAGGGUGUCUUGCACUUCAAGUUGCGCGAUUGGAUGGCAUUUGUGAAGGAUUUCAAGCUCUUAUCCCCGCGAUUUACUUACGAAGCGGCGCACGAUUUGUUUCGGAACGUUCAGGAAGGCGCGUCCCACGAAGACGACAUGGAAAUGGUGUACGCCGAGUUCUGCGAGGCUGUUGUUGCUUUGGCUGGCUUUCAAAUACCCGACCCAUUCAUGGACUGGCCUGUCAAAGCAUCGACGUUUAUCCAUCGCUACUUAAACCAUGAUGUGUCGAAGGAGUAGACCCACGCAACAAUGCUCAAUAUUUCAUCUCAAUUCCACGACAGAGUCGCACUCCGGUUAUGGGAUGGAGUAGGCUAUCUCGGCAUACUUUACACACGUCGUGUCAGUGCGACACAUAGAAAUAUGAACACCUGACCU